UGUUCACAAUGUGGUAAAGAAUUCUUCCUCUUUUCAGCUCUUCAGUCCCAUAUUCGGCGUCAUGGAAAAGCCGAGAACAAGUGUCAUGAAUGUGGAAAGAUUUUCUCUAGAUCAUGGUUGUUAAAGGGUCACCUUCGUACUCAUACAGGGGAGAGACCCUUUAAUUGUCCAGAUGAGGAGUGCGACAAGGCCUUCGCAGACAAAUCAAACUUGCGAUCGCACAUGUUGAUUCAUUCCAAUAAACAUAAAACUCACGUGUGUACGAAAUGCGGCCGGGGUUUCGCACAAAAACGAUAUCUUCACAAACAUAUGUUGGAGGUGUGC